GUUUAUAAGUGUAGCUUAGCUGGCAUUUUCAUUUACUAGCUAAAAGGCAGAAAAGGAACAAUACUCGUAAUGGCACGAGAGCUUAAAAGUUGGUCCUUUUGGAGGGCAGUAUUGGCUGAGUUUGUUGGGAUGACGGUUUUUGUUUUUAUUGGCAUAGCCUCUGCCAUCGGAAACAAGCACAACAGAUUUCCAGACCAAGAAGUUAAAGUAGCUUUAGCUUUUGGCCUGGCCAUUGCCACAUUGGCUCAGAGUUUGGGGCAUAUCAGUGGAGCCCACCUGAACCCAGCUAUUACUUUAGGACUUUUGGUCAGCUGUCAGAUCAGUUUCUUCAGAGCAAUCAUGUAUAUCGUUGCCCAGAUGGUGGGAGCUGUGGUGGCAAGUGGCAUUAUGUUCAAAGUUAGUCCUGACCCUGAAACAACAUUGGGACUCAAUAUGCUGAGCAACGGUGUGAAACCGGGUCAGGGAUUCGCCAUUGAGCUUUUUGCAACCUUCCAGCUAGUCCUCUGUGUCUUGGCCUCAACAGACAAAAACCGAACGGAUGUCACAGGCUCUGCACCCCUAGCCAUCGGACUCUCAGUUGGUUUAGGGCACCUGGUAGCAAUCAGUUACACCGGGUGUGGCAUCAACCCCGCUAGAUCGUUUGGACCAGCUGUUGUUCUUGAAGCAUUUAAAAACCAUUGGAUAUACUGGAUUGCACCCAUGUGUGGAGGGGCGGCUGCUGCUCUUGUGUACGACUUCUUGCUCUGCCCAAAAAAGGAAGCGCUUCGCAAGCGAAUGAAUGUACUGAAAGGCACAGCUGAUCCGGACUCCUCCACUACAGAACCCCUAAUUGAACCCCGAACCCCCAGAUCUGGUUCUGGUCAGUGGCCCAGGCCCUGAAAAGCGUCUUGUAAAUGUUAUGUUCUUGGUUUUGAUAUGUAGAUACCUGGUAACUCUGAUGUCUACAUGCAAUACCAUUUCUCUCGUCGUUGUCCUAAUGACUGUUUUGUCAGCUUAUUUUCUAUCUAAAUUGACUACUGGCACAGCUACUUCUUCCGUGUUCAUAUGACAUCUCAGGAAUUUCUUAUAAUUCAGUCCACUUACAGAUUUAUUCAUUGGAAGGCAAAUUAUUUCUCCUUUGAGGGCUGGCAGAAGACUGAAUAAAUUUAUCUUGUUUUCAGCAUCAA